AUGCAGAAGGAUAUAGGAUCACCAACAUCUACGCCUAGAUUGCGGCAUAGGAGACGAUCGAAUGAGAUUCCACAGGAUAUAAAUAAAUCAAAUGGCGACCAUUUACUCAUUAAUGACCAAAACAAGUACAAAUCAAUGUGGAUUCGCACGUUGUCAUCCUUUUGGAUGCUCGGGAGCUUUGUGUUUGCUCUUUAUAUGGGGCAUCUAUACAUUUGGGCCAUGGUGGUGGUUAUCCAAAUAUUUAUGGCAAGUGAGCUCUUCAACUUACUUAGGAGAGCUCAUGAAAAUAAGCGUCUUCCUGGGUUUAGGCUAUUGAACUGGCACUUCUUCUUCACUGCAAUGCUUUUUGUAUAUGGCCGUAUUAUCAGUCAGCGACUUGUGAACACGGUCACAUCAGAUAAUAUCUUCUACAGGCUUGUUGGUGGUUUUGUCAAGUACCACAUGGCCAUAUGUUAUUUUCUAUAUAUUGCAGGGUUUGUGUGGUUCAUCUUGACAUUGAAGAAGAAGAUGUACAAGUAUCAAUUUGGCCAAUAUGCUUGGACACACAUGAUUCUCUUUGUAGUAUUCGCUCAAUCUGCAUUCACUGUGGCCAAUAUCUUUGAAGGGAUCUUUUGGUUUCUUCUCCCGGCAUCACUUAUCGCAGUCAAUGAUGUUGCUGCUUAUUUCUUUGGCUUCUUUUUCGGCAAAACUCCUUUGAUCAAAUUGUCUCCAAAGAAAACGUGGGAGGGUUUUAUUGGAGCUUCUGUUGCCACUAUGAUUUCAGCAUUCGUGCUUGCAAACAUCAUGGGCCAGUUCCAGUGGCUAACAUGUCCUAGAAAAGAUUUAUCGACAGGGUGGCUUGACUGUAAUCCUGGCCCUCUUUACAAACCUGAGCCCUAUCCUUUACCCGAAUGGCUUCCACAUUGGGUACCUUGGAAGGAGAUUUCAAUCUUGCCAGUCCAGUGGCAUGCGCUGUGGCUGGGUUUAUUUGCAUCAAUUAUAGCACCUUUUGGAGGCUUCUUUGCCAGUGGAUUCAAGAGGGCUUUCAAAGUGAAAGAUUUUGGGGAUAGCAUACCAGGACACGGUGGAUUCACAGAUAGAAUGGAUUGCCAGAUGGUGAUGGCAGUCUUUGCUUACAUCUAUCACCAGUCGUUUGUUGCUCCUAACGACUCGUCGAUCGAGAUGAUUAUGAACCAGAUAUUGGGCAGCCUAACGCUGGAAGAGCAGCGAGAUUUGUACAUGAAGCUAGGGCAGAUACUUCAGGAGAGGCUUAGACUAUCAUCGUGA